AUGGACGAAAUAUGUAGUUAUAGUGCAUUUGUGGCAGCGCACAAACCACAACUUUUACUCUCAGGUGUGCCAGAAUAUUUUUGGUCGACUUUAUGCAAGAAAUUAAAAGAUCAAAUAUUUGAUUCUGGUGCGGCGUUUCAGCUGGUAAAAAUUGACUACGAUGAGGAUGAAAAAAGUCCAUAUGACCCUUUAUGGAGUGUUAUAGCUGUAACUGAUAUAGAUAGAAAAGAUUCUAGUCAUAUUUACCUAAUAGAUCACGCCUGGACUUUUAAAGCCAACAGCAUUAAAAAUAACUUAAGAAAUGUGCCAUCUCUAUUAGAAAGAAUGUGUAAUCUUAUGCAGGUUACAUCUGAAACGACUGAAGAUCAAAUUAAUGAUGUAUCUAAGUAUGUAUGGAAAUAUGCAAAUACAUAUGCUGUUGGAGGUGAAGAAUUUUCAGUUGAAGACAGGGUACCUGUUUGGUAUGUUAUGGAUGAGUUAGGAUCAGGAAUAACACACUCGGACAAUCCAAAUUUUCGUACUGUUCCAUUUAUAUAUGUUCCUGAGCAACUUACAUACACAUUAAUGUUUCCAAUAGAAAAUGUUGAAGAAGGUGAUAUUAUUACAAGGAAUUUUGUUGAAGGUAGUUAUAUAAACCCCCUUCAAAGGGAAGCUAUGCUUAUACCUUGGAAACAUUAUGAUAAUUUUAAUGAAAACUUUAAUCAGGAUGAGCCAGGUGCAAAUUAUUUUUUAGAAGGUCAUAUUGUUGAGUCUCUCCCUGAAUUAGAGUUAUUAAAAAACAGGGUAAGGUCUACUACUCUUAAAGUUUAUUCAGAAUAUGAAUUUAUUAAUCAAUAUCUUAAUGCCCCUGAAUUUGAAAUUGUUGAUAAUGAAGAUGAUGCUGAUGUCCUAUGGUAUAUAAAUCAUUUCAAAAAAUUUAAAGAAUUGAGUGUUAAUUCACCUAACAAAUUCGUAAAUCAAUUUCCCUUUGAAUAUGUUAUUACCAUCAAAGAUCUUUUAGCCAUCAUUGCAAGAAGAGCUAAAAAUAUAACUAGUAGCAAAGACCAAUUUGAAACUCUACCAACAUGGUUGCCUACAACUUUUAACAUGAAAACAGAACUGCCACAAUUAGUUGCAUAUUAUAUGCAGCGUAAAAAACAAGUAUUAGAUAAUCAUUGGAUUUGUAAGCCAUAUAAUCUUGCUAGAGGUUUAGAUACUUAUAUAACUGAUAAUUUAGACUUCUUAUGCCGUCUACCUUUGUCUGGACCCAAGAUAGCCCAAAAAUAUAUUGAAAAUCCAGUAUUGUUUGAGAGACCUAAUGUUGGACAAGUAAAAUUUGAUAUUCGUUAUGUUAUUCUUUUAAAGUCUGUGAAUCCCACUGAAGUUUAUAUUUAUAAUAAUUUCUUUUUAAGAUUUGCCAAUAAAGCAUUUGCACUUGAUAACUUUGAAGAAUAUGAACAGCAUUUCACUGUCAUGAAUUAUAGUCAAGGUGUCACAUUAUUUAGAUUGUUGUGUGCCGAUUUUAAGGAAGCUUGGGGUAAGCAAUAUCCACAUUAUGACUGGGAUGAAAUAGAGAAAUCAAUUUUCAAGAUGUUUGCAGAAUUAUUCACUGCAGCCACAGCCAAAGAUGCUCCAUGUGGAAUAGCCAAAAGCCCCCAAUCUAGAGCUCUAUAUGCUGCUGAUAUUAUGCUAAGUUGGAGUGAUGACAAUAAAACCAUACAACCUAAAUUACUAGAAGUUAAUUGGAUGCCUGAUUGUCGCAGAGCAUGUGAAUACUAUCCUAAUUUUUACAAUGAUAUUUUUUCAGUAAUGUUCUUAGACAAGGAAGUAAGCACAUGCACAAAAGUUUUA